AUGGAAGACAAUACUGGAUAUGAAUAUAUGAAUGAAGAAUCAAUAAAUGAACGUUUAAAAUGUUCAAUUUGCACUAAACCAUUCAUUGAUCCUGUAUCAACUAAAUGUAAUAUUAGGAACCAUAUAUUCUGUCAUCAUUGCAUCGAAGAAUGGAUUAAACAUCAUCCUUCAUGUCCAAUGUGUCGUCAAAACCUGCGUAUUGAAAAUUUAACACCCAUCGCCGAUAGCGUUUUGAUUGAUAUGCUUGACGAGAUACUAGUUAAAUGUCUAGGUUGUAAACAGACAGGACUGGUACGAGGAAGUUUCAAUGAUCAUAAAAAUAAAAUGUGUUCCAAGACAAAUAUAAAAUGCCUAUCAUCAGACAUAAAAUGUCCAUGGACAGGAUCACGAGAUGAACUUGACAAGCAUUUGAAGACCUGUAUUUUCAAUCCAUUAAGACCUUUGAUCACUGAACUUAUAAACAAUAAUCAACAACUGAAAAACCAAGUAAAUCAACAGCAAACUCAAAUUGGAGGAUUGAUAAACGAUAAUCAACAAUUAAAAGGUCAAGUAAAUCAACAACAAACUCAAAUUAGACAGCUGCAGGAUGAGAAUCAACAGCUGAAAAAUCAGACAGGACAACUAGAAAAACGUCUGCAAUUUCUCGAAUUCACAUGCCCCAAACCACUUUCAUGUUUUGAUCAUUCAUGUGCUAUGUCCUCUUGGAUUAACUCUUCAACACAAAACUUUUGUUUCGAAAGAAACGAAAUUAUUGAUUAG